AUGGAUUUUUGUAUGAAGUUCCCUUGCACAAACAUGGCUAUGAGUGCCGAAAACUCCCCUCGUCCUUAUCCAGCCGAGUUAAUUAACACGCCGGAUGGACCAUAUAUUGUUGGUACUGGAGCUCCUCUCGGAUUUUUCACCAGUGCAUCAUUUGACGAACUUGCCAUUAUAUCAACCCAGCUAGGCGAAGAAGGCCGCCAUCUUUUCAUUGAAGAAUUUAAGAUAGAUAACGUUCGUCAUGUAAGGCCUCCAACCUCGCUGCAGGAUCUGUUCCAAGGAUUCGAUGCGAUAGGACUGUACAUGUAUGGUAUUGGGUUUUGCUACUUUUUCAUGUGCUACAUUGGUAAGUUCGCUCAAGAAUACCAGAAACAGAUGGAUACAAAGGAGAAGGACUUCUUUUGGGAGCGAGUCUAUCACUACAGAAAGAUACUUCUCGAUGAUGAAAAACUAAAUCCACUGAAAAUACUCCUUGAUCCUUCAUUAUCUAGUGCAUGGCCAUCUCCACAUGACAAUUGGACUCGGUCUAAAAAAAACGAACCUGAAGCUUGGCAGAACUCAGAGCAAAAUCAAACGAUCAAUGAAUCCAAUAGUCCAUCGGACUUAUUUACGAACCCGAUGUGUCGUUUAGAGCUAGAGAAUCCUUCUCCUGAGAAAUAUACUCGGGGAUCAUCAUUCAUGAUAUUCAGUAAAUGUAAAAAUUGCACAAGAAAUCAAGAUGGAAAGGAAACGUUGAUAAUUAUUACGGAGUCGGAUGAACUAGCAGUAAAUUACGAGUGGUCGGGAAUACCUAAACCAAAAUUAUCAACGCCGCUUUCUUCUGAACGGAUCUUAUCAUCUACUGCAUCAAGUAAAAGGGACCCGAAGUCGACUUAUAUCCCACAUGUCCGAUCUUCAGACCUUGUUAGGGGUAAAUCAAAGAUACCACGAUUGAUGCGCCCAAACUCUCAAGCCGCCAUUUCCUACUCAACCCGACCCAGAAAGCAAUCAGUCAAAGGGACUGAAUCAAAUCAAAGAAAAAAAAUUGUCACAACAGCUGCUGGGCAGUCAAAAAUUGUCCGAAAGCCAAAUUUAUCAGUUUCAUCUCAAAAGGUUUCGCCACACAAACCUAAUAAAUUUAAAAAAAUUAAUGAUUCGUGCGGAGUGGCAGAGCAUUUCAAAAAGACUGGUCAAGUAAAUCGAGGAUGGCAAAAGAAACCUUGGGUAUAG